AUCAACAUUGUCCUCAAGCUCUAGUAGCUCAGGAGCUACUAGUAGUAAAGAUGAAAGUGAGCUGGAAGAUAAAUCGGUUAAAAGAAGAAAAAGUAGAUCGGUUAGUAAGAGAAAAGAUAGAUCAG